AUGUCCUCUAGCGGCAUGGGGCCUGCCAUCACGCAUCUACCUCUGCACAUGAAAGUUCUGUUCGAGCCGCGCCCGCCUAUUGAGUACAUUGCACCACCCGUGAAGCGAAAAAUGCCACCCUACACAGGCAUUUCGGACUCGUUGCCAGAGUUUGAAAGUACAACCCCACCCGUCCGUCAUGUGUCGGAAACGCCUCGGCAGCGGCAAGAUCGAGUCCGUCAAGAGAAGCUUGCGAUCUACCAAAAGAAGCUCGCCGAGAACAUCGCAGCAUGGGACCCUCAAGCUCCCAGCUCGAAACAAAAGACAGAAGAUGCAUACAAGACGCUGUUUGUCGGCCGCAUCAGCUACGAGACCACGGAAAAGCAAUUGCGUCGUGAAUUUGAACGCUACGGGGAUAUCGUGAACCUUCGCCUUGUCGAGGACGACGACGGCAAGUGCCGCGGGUAUGCGUUUGUGGAGUACAAGGACGAGGGCGCUAUGAAGGCCGCAUACAAGAACGCCGACGGCAAGAAGAUCGACGGCCGUCGUGUGGUGGUGGACGUCGAGCGCGGUCGCACUGUCCGAGACUGGAAGCCCCGCAAACUCGGGGGUGGCAUUGGUGACACUCGUCGCGGCGGCGCUGACGUCAAUGUCAAGUACUCUGGCCGGGAAUCGAUUCGAUCCAUCACGAUGCACCGGUCGGACGACCGUGCGCGAGGGCGAAGUCGAUCCCGUGGACGCGAUCCUCCUCCGCCGUCGCGUCCGUCCGCGUACGGCCCGUCCGGUGGGAGCGACCGAUACGAUCGUCCUCGUAGCCGCGAACGUGGCCCCCCUCCGCCACGAGGUCGGUCGCGGGACCGUUCCCGCGAACGGUCGCGCAGCCGCGACCGUCGGCGCCCCCCGUCGCGGAGCAGGUCCCGACCCCGCGACUACCCUCCGUCGUCAUAUCGGCGAUAA